GAUGCGUGGUCUUCAGCUAGACUCUGCCGCACAGCAGCUUGCGCCGCCUCAGUCCCUCUUCCGGCUGCGCCUCGACCGCGUGGUCGCCGUCCUCGUCCUCAUCGGUCUCGCCAUCAUCAGCUCGACCCCGAGCCUGGGCGAGUGGGCCACGUCGCUCAAGCAGGCCAUCAAGCCGCUCCCGAAGGACCCGCAUGCUCGCGCACUCGCCCUCAUGGAGCAGGCCCCGGUCAUCGAUGGGCACAUCGACCUCCCUAUCCUCGCCCGGUGGUACUACGCCAACGAUCUCGACGCGUUCGACCUCAACAAGGAGACGCGCGGCCAAGUCGACGUGCCGAGGCUCAGGCAGGGUCGGGUCGGCGGCUUCUUCCACUCGGUCUUUGUGCCCUGCCCCGAGGACGUCGGCUACCCGGUCGACGCCGGCUCGAACUUUACGGCGCCGUCGCACCGCGUUCGCGACACGCUCGAGCAGAUCGACACGGCCCGCCUCAUCAUCGACAAGUACUCGGCCGACCUCGAGUUCACCCCGACCGUGUCGUCGUGGCGGCGCGCCAUGAAGCGCGGCAAGAUCGGCGGCAUGCUCGGCGUCGAAGGCGGGCACCAGCUCGGCGCGUCGCUGUCGACCCUGCGCACCUACUUCAGCCUCGGCGUGCGCUACGUGACGCUCACGCACACGUGCCACAGCGCCGUCGCCGACUCGUGCGGGUCGCAGAGCGCGCCGCUCGAGCCUCACUGGGGCGGCCUGUCGUCGUUCGGCCGGGCUUUCGUCCGCGAGGCCAACCGCCUCGGCAUGGCCGUCGACCUGUCGCACACGCACCCCAAGACGGCCUCGGACGUCCUGUCGCUCUCGGCGGCGCCGCCCAUCUUCUCGCACUCGAACGCGCGAGGCGUGCACGACGUGGUGCGCAACGUGCCCGACGCCGUCCUGCGGCGCAUCGGCUCGAUCGACCCGGCACGUCGAGGAAAGUUCAACUUGUCCAUGGACGGCGAGCGAGGGCGAGGCUGGGGCGCCGACUCGGGCGAGGUCGACAAGGAGGUGCCGUCGGGCGACGCCAUCGUCAUGCUCAACUUCUCGCCGUCGUUCGUCAGCGAGUUCCCCGACGGCAAGGGCCGGCGCGCCGACGUCGAGGCGAUGGCCGACCACGCCGACUACAUCGGCAAGCUCGCCGGCAGGGAGCACGUCGGCAUCGGGAGUGACUUUGACGGCAUCGAGGCGGUUCCCGAGGGGCUCGAGGACACGAGCAAGUACCCGAACCUCGUCGCCGAGCUCAUCAAGCGCGGCUGGAGCGACAAGGAGAUCAAGGGCCUCACGAGCGAGAACGUCUUGCGCGUGCUCGAGAAGGUCGAGAAGGUCGCGCACUCGCAGCGCCAUCUUGCGCCGGCGCACGACGUCUUCGAGGGCCGCACGGACCUCGUCAAGCACGAGAAGGCGCCCGGACAAUGAGGGAGACGGCUCGUCGUUGCAGUAGCUAUAGACAGAUACAGUGCACUACUUGUUGGUCGAUCUCGAAAGCAGAAUGAGGAGAGCUAGAUCAUUGCGAGAGCUUCUUGACGCGGUCGCGCAGAGCGACCUUCUGGACUGCGAGCGACGAGUGCUCGAGGUCAGUACUCGCGGGG